AGGGUGCAAGUGCGCUUUGGCUAACACAACACACGAAUGUUAGAACAAUAAAGGAGCAACUCUUGCUAUCUUAUAAUAAUGUCUCUGCAAGUUUCAGCAGUCCCUAUUAAGACUUCAACCCAAAAUGCAACAUCUGCUGUUAAACGACACUCUUCUACUUAUCAUCCAACAAUCUGGGGAGAUCAUUUUCUUGCAAAUCUUUCUCACUCUAAGAUAAUUGAUGGUUCAAUUGAACAACAAUUUGAAGGACUAAAGCAAAAAGUGAGAAAGAUGAUAAUCGACCUCAACAAUGAGCCUUGCAAAAAAUUGGGUUUGAUUGAUGCAGUCCAACGCUUAGGUGUUGGUUACCAUUUCAAGAGUGAGAUAGAAGAUGUGUUGCAAAAGGUGUAUCAUGAUUAUAGUGACGAUGAGGAUGACCUUAACACUGUUGCUCUUCGAUUUCGAUUACUCAGACAGCACGGAAUUAAGGUUUCAUGUGCGAUAUUUGAGAAAUUCAAAGACAGUGAAGGAAACUUCAAGACAUCCUUAAUUAAUGAUGCGUUGGGUAUGCUGAGUUUAUAUGAGGCAACACAUCUUAGCAUACGAGGUGAGGAUGUCUUAGAUGAAGCCUUAGCUUUUACUACAACGAACCUUCAAUCAGUAUUGCCUCAAUUGAACACUCAUCUAGCGGCACAAAUAAGUCGUGCCCUCAAUCGUCCCAUCAGGAAAUAUCUACCAAGGUGGUGGAAAAGUUUAGAUGUGGCAACAAAACUACCUUAUGCUAGAGACAGAGUGGUGGAGUGCUACUUUUGGAUGGUUGGAGUUUACUUUGAACCUCAAUAUUCUUUUGCAAGAAUAAUGAUGACAAAAAUAAUAGCCAUUACAUCAUUGUUAGAUGAUACUUAUGAUAAUUAUGCUACGGGUGAAGAACUCGAGAUCUUAACAGAAGCUAUAGAAAGGUGGGACAUUAAGGCCAAAGAUGCACUUCCAGAGUACAUGAAAAUAAUUUACACUACAUUAUUAGAUAUCUAUAACGAAUAUGAAGAGAAUAUUGCAAAAGAAGAAAAGUCAUUAUUAUAUUCUGUGUAUUAUGCAAAAGAAGUUAUGAAGAGAGUAGUGCGAGCCUAUUUGGCUGAAGUCAGGUGGCGUGAUAACUGCUACACUCCUACAAUGGAAGAAUAUAUGCAAUCUGCACUUUUAACUACUUGUUCCCCGAUGUUGGCAAUAGCUUCCUUCCUUGGCCUGAAGGAAAUAGCAACAAAAGAAGCAUACGAGUGGGCUUCAAAAGACCCUAAGAUUAUUAGAGCUUCAUCAAUCGUGUGCAGACUUAUGGACGACAUUGUAUCCCAUGAGUUUGAGCAAACGAGGAAACAUGUUGCUUCUGGUGUUGAGUGCUACAUUAAGCAAUAUGGUGCUUCAGAGGAAGAGGUAAUUAAAUUGUUCCGGAAAGAGGUUACAAAUGCGUGGAAAGAUUUGAAUGAGGAGUGCCUCAACCCAACUCCAGUUCCUAUGCCGAUGCUAGAGCGUGUUGUGAAUCUUACACGGGCAAUUGAUGUCAUAUACAAAGAUGAUGAUGGAUACACAAAUUCUCACAUCAUGAAAGACUAUGUUGCUUCGGUACUCAAAGACCCUGUACCAGUUUGAAUGAAUGUUCUCUUGCAAUCUAUUAUUAUCUAAUAUAGUAAGUGUAUAAAAAUAAGAGAUUUGUGUGCCCUCUGGGCCUUAAUCUUGGAAGUAUAUCCCAAGAUUAAUACACAUUUUUCUCAAAUUAUUUGUGAUCUCUUUUUCAUGCUAAUGAUUAUCAUUGUUGCGUUGUCAUUAAAUCUCCAAUGAAAGAACCUCCUAUUUAAUCCA